AUGACUAUCACCAUUCCUUGGUUUAUCCCACAUCUUCGUCAUGUUGAGGACCACAACAGUGAAAAAAGUUUUGAAUCAUCUUCUAUUGAAUCUGAGCAAGAAAUUAGGGAAUAUAGAGAUGAAGCAAAUAGACCAUGGUAUAAGUUUUUCGACGAAUAUGAAUACAGAUAUACCGAUAAGCAAACCAAUGAACAUCGUUGGUGGAAUUGGUUUGAAAAGGGUACAUCUGAUGCAGAGAAAAAACUUGUUUGGAAACUUUAUAUUUUGGUUGGGUUUUACUCCUUUUUAGGGUAUUGGAUUAAAUAUCUCGAUUCUUCAAAUCUUAAUAAUGCAUACGUCAGUGGGUUGAAAGGUGAUAUAGGAAUGAAGGGAAAUGAUCUUAUUGAUACUCAAGUAUUAUUCUUAGUUGGUGGUGUUAUUUUUGAACUUCCAUGGCUUUUCUUACUUCCAAGAGUUCCAAUUACUUAUGUUUUAUUUGCAUGUGAAUUUGCUUGGAGUAUUUUAACUCUUGCACUUUAUAAGGUGACCGAUGUGGCAACAUUAAAGGCUUUGAGAUUUUUAAUCGGGUGUUGUGAAGCAGCAUAUUUUCCUUGUGUUCAUUAUCUCUUUCUGGUUUGGUUCAAGAGUACUGAAGUUGGAAGAAUUGGAGGUAUUUUUUAUAUUGGUCAAUUCUUAGGAAUUUUAACUUCAGGAUUAUUACAAGGAGCCGCUUCAAAGCUUCAUGGGUUGAAAGGAUGGCAAUGGAUGUUUUUGAUCGAUGGGUUAAUUUCUCUUGCAGUUGCAAUUAUUGGAUUAUUUAGUCUUCCAGGAACCCCAACCAAUUGUUAUUCAAUUUGGUUAACUGACGAUGAAAUUAGACUAGCUAGGAAAAGAAUGAGAGAGAAUCAUACAGAUAUUAGUCCCACUGUUAAAUCAUUUUUCCAUUGGCCAACUUGGAAAAACAUUCUUACUUCAUGGCAUUUCUGGCUACUUCUGUUAGCGCAAAUGUGUGGAUUUAAUACAAAUAGUGCAUCUUCCGGUUCGUUUGCUCUUUGGCUUCUGUCAUUAGAUAGAUACUCUAUCGCGAAGUUGAAUAACUUGACCACAAUCCCUCCUGCUUUGGGUAUUCUUUGGAUUAUUCUCGUAUGUGGAGGUGCGGAUCUUACCCGUAAAAGAUUUUUGUGCAUCAUUUUUUCACAAUUUAUGAACUUUGUUGCCAAUACUAUUUUAGCAACUUGGCAUGUUAGUGAGACUGCUAAAUGGGCUGGGUUCCUGUUGACCUAUUUUUCAUGGUCUCAGAGUUCAGUUUUCAAUCCAUUGAUAAAUGAUAUUCUUCGUCAUGAUGCUAAUCAAAAAUCUAUCGAAUGGAUGAUUAUCUACAUAUUAGGGUUGCAAUCUAAUGCAUGGAUUUCCAGAUUGGUUUUCCCAACAACUGACGCUCCUAGAUUUAAGAGGGGGUUUGCAUCAUGUGCUGGGUUUAGUAUCGCAUUCAAUUUAAUUCUUCUGGUUGCAUAUUUCUUUUACAAAAGAGAUGAGCGUAAGAAUGCACUUCGGAAUGGAAUUUACAUUUAUAAUAGUGCAAAGGGAGAAAUUCCCCCUAUAGAUCUGAAAGUUGCAUUAAAUCGCGAUGACGAAGAUGAAGAAUUGGAAGGAUCAGAAAAAGAUGAAAAACAUAUUCAAACAAAGAUUGAAGUUAGGGAAUCAACUCUUUAA